GUGCCAUUCGUCCAGACGACCGCGUCUGCGCCCCGUCCCGUUGCAGUUACGACGCUGUACAUCCUGGGCGACCUGGUCGACCGGUGGCCCUCGAGCAUGAUGACUGUCGUCGGAGCUGUGGUGCCGGGCCUGGUGGAGAAGCUGGGGGACAACAAGAUUGUCAUCCGCCAGACCACGAUGAAGAUUUUGUGGAAGAUCUUCAGCGCCGUCGCAAGGAUGGGCUCGCCCAACCAGUACGCGGAGAAGUUGUUGCAGUCUCUCAUUGGCUCCCUUCCCCAGCGGAGCUCGUACGUCCGCGUGGAGCUCACCAGCGUGAUAGUGAUGGCCCUCCUCGUCUUCGAGAAGGCGGAGGUGCCCUACGACUGCGACUUCGUGGUGCUGGCGAUGUGCCAGGCCGCGCAGGACACGAGCGAGCGGGCCGCCGCGGGGGCCGCGGAGGCGCUGGCGGUGGUGCAGUUGGCUGUGGGCAGCGAGCAGCUGGAGAGGCGGUUGGCCGAGCUCCUGCGGCACGACAAGGAUCUGCUGGACAGGCUGCUCGCGCGCCUGGACUGCGGUGCGCUCGCCUCCGUCACCAACGAGGGGCUCGUGGAGUUCCCGACGCCGUCGCAGCUGCAGCCGGCCGUCCUGCCGCCGACCUCGCCGACGAGGGCACCCGCCGCGGCCAUGGUGAUGGGGAAGCUUGGCAGGAGGAUGUUCUGCCUCGAGGAGCAGCCCGGCAGGGCGUGCUCCCCCGCCGCCUGCGUCGCCCAGACGCAGUCCACGUCGUCCCUGACCUCGGCCAUGGUGCGGCGCCAGGGCCGCGGGGAGCUGCUCCGCAGGGGCGCGCCGUCCAGUCACGAGCGGUCCGUGAACGUGGCCGCGGAGCUGCUGCAGCUGGGCCACGGCCUCUGGACGAAGUCGACGUCGUCGCGCAGCCCUCCGCCCUCCGCCGGGCUGGCGCUGGGCUUCCAGGUCAGCGAGACCUCCCACGCGCCGCGAGUGAACAGCCCCAGCAGCGACUCCUCCUCGAACGCCGACAGGGAGAGGCCGGCGAGGUGCGGCCUGCUCCCCGCCGCCGCCUUCGAGGUGGCGGACUUCGCGCAGGAAGAGGCCGCCGCGCCCAGCGGGCAGCCCCAGCUGCACGCAAGAAGGAACGCACUCCACCCCACCGAGCUCCGCAAGAAUCAGCUGUUCUCAGGAACCGAGAUGCCGUCCCCGUUCUUUGAACGCUGCGGCCGCCAAGGCCUAGGCUGCGCAUGUGGACGGCGCGAUCCACUAGUUAGUUCGACUUCCCAGGUCGGGCGCUGCGAGAACACCGCACAAGUCACGCUGGACCCAUCCCUCGUCGCGUGGUCCGCGUCACCAUCAACGAAACAGACGCUGCCGCAGCCCGCAUCACGCUCCAAGAUCUGUUCACCGAAUUAUGUCCAGGCGCAGCCCCCGCCAACGGGGCUCGCAAAGAGCCCCGCGGGGGAGAAGGCGCAGCCGGGCUGGCCACUUAUGUCGAUUCUAUCCGCGCUCCACUCCGAUACCACUGUCCUGUCCACGGAGCGGGCCCGCCUGGGGCGUCGUUGGCGAGCCACGAUCACCAAAUCCUGGUGGUCGAUCCCCGUCGCGAUCGGCUGCAUACUUUUCCAUGGAAUCGUGAACGUCCUUCGCGAUCGCACUGGGCAGCGGUUCCUCGAGCACAGCUCAAUCGGGCGCUUCAGCGGCGUUUACACCUCGAUGCACACGGAGUGCGAAGCCAUCUGGGACCUGGCGGCGCCCGCACCACCGAGCCCUAGCCCGAGGCGGGCCCGAGCGCGCGUGGGAGGCGAGAGUACGCACAAGGAUUGUACACUUUGCACCGAUUCCGAUCACAGCAAGCACACCAUGCCCAUGGCUGUUCCCAGCGUGUGGCAAGCUCAGCAUGCCAAGCGGCACGAAGCAGUCGUGCGAGUGGCAAAGAUGGUAAACCAGCGUUUCGACCGGAUCGAGUCGACAGUGAGUGCGACUGUGAGCAAGAUCGACAUGCUGACAAAGAAAAUUGUGGUAUCAUCCGAGAUCGAGGUGCGCACACCAUCAACACAUUCAGAGCUAAGCCUGGAGACAAGGAUCAAUCGGAUCGAACUUCUUCUCUAUCGGACUCCAGUGGCAGAUUUCCAGCACAUUGACAUGAUGAUUGACAAUAUCGUGUCGAAGACUAUCGAGCGCAACGCAGAGCUUCAGAUGGAGUUCACCCCCGAUCGGCUCAAUCACAGCCCGGGGUGCAAGAGCCAGCGCAAGGCGCCCGUGAGACGCCCGCACCGCUGUGGGCACGAGAGCACCCCUGGAGGCACCCAGGAGUGGCGGGGGCAGAGGGCGAGGCGAGUCGCCCCUCUCCGCGAGAGGGGGAGGCCGCCGGGUGCGGAGAGCGCGCGGGGAGAGGCGCUCGGCCGCGCCUCGCGCGGCGCGGGCUCCGCGAGCCGACUGGGGGCCGCCCUCCCGGAUGUGGGCGGCUCGCCGCGCCGAGCGAUGGCGUCGGCGCCGGCCCCAGCCGUGGUGGGCGCCCAGCAGGCGUCCCGGCAGCCGCGGCGGCUGGAGCCCCUGCAGGCCUCGGGCAGUGCCGAGGGGGGUGGAGCGAUGGCUGCUGCUGCCGCCGACGCCGUGCCCGCAUUGGAAGGGGUGGACCAGGUGGCGUACCUCCUGUAUGCGGUGCCGGGAGCUCCCCUGUGGCACCAGCGCUGGAACUUGGGUCGGGUGGUGUCCCGUCCGAGUGACGCGAUCCUAGUCUCGCCAGACCACCAGGUGCAGUGCGAGGUAGUGGACGGGACGUCGCCCGACAUCAGCGCGGUGCGGUGGGCGCCCGCCCUCGCCCCCAGGCCGCCGGGCGUCGUGCGGGCCUACCGCUUCGCGAGCGCCCCGACUGCGGCGGAGGUGGCCGCCUGGCUCCCCGAGGCCCAGGCCGAGGCUCGGCGCUGCUUUGCUCGGCGCCACCAGGGCGUGGCCGUGCCGGCGCCCGUCUUCGAGGCGGGCGGAGCGCCGGCGCCCGCGGGAGCGGCGCUCGCGGCGGCCGUGGUCGGGGGGGCCCGACCCCUGGUGCUGGCGGGUGGCGCUGGCGACGCCGCCCCCGCCCCCGUGGGGAACCGGCGCGUCGCCCAGGAGUGGAGGGGGUACCACUACGGCGACGUGAUCAUCCCUCCAGCGGGCUUCGCUGGGGCGGGCACCCCCGCCCGCGGAGUCGUCUUGCUCGCAGACGGGUCGUCUCUCUUCGUCGAGUGGGUGGCCAUCGGUGACGAGUCGGACUUCGCCGACCGGGCGGUGGCGCCCGACUGUCGCCUACUGCCGGCCCGUCUCGAUCGCGCUGGCAGGCCCUUCCGGACGCUCGAGAACCUCGUCGAGAGCUGCCGUCAGGAGCACCUCCCCGACUUCAUCGCGCCGAGGACGACCAUGUGGUGCCUCGAGCACCUCGCGGGCGAGGGCCGCUCUCUCGAGUCCCACUUCGAGCACUUCAAGAAGCUGCGCGGGCUCCAGGACUCCCAGUGGGGCAUGGAGGAGUACGCCAGUGUGAUCAGCUACCUGAAGGCGUUGCUCCAGCACGAUCAGGUGGACGCGUCCAACAUCCUGUCGGUGGAGAUGAUGUUCCGCCGGCUCCAGACGAUCGAGUACUGCUACAGCGACAAGUUGCGCGAGAGGACAGCGGGCUCCUCCGCGGGGAGGCUCACCGCCGACGAGCAGGCCGCCUUCGGGGCGACGGCCCGAGCCGAGUCGAGGCUCAUGGUGUCGCCCGCGCUGCUCGAGAGUGCCAAGCAGGAGCUGGAGCGGGACGCGUCGCUGGCCAAGAGCCUCCUGAAGGCGCGCGAGGCGCGGGAGUCGCUGGGCAAGCGGAGGCAGGGCCAGGGGAAGGACCAGGGGUGA